AAAAUAACCGAGGUCAACACAGCACCACAGGUCUUUAUUUUAUAAUUCUACAAUCACCAGACCUGACGAGUACUACCAAAUACCUACAUACAAGAUGAAUAAAGGCUCCAUUGCCUCUGAUGGCACUGUUAGCAUAGCCUGUGAUAUUUGUUGCCAGAUGAAUAAAAAGGGGUCUAGUGGUAAAUAUGUGAGCCAUGGAGACGGCAUAGGCAAACCAAGGCUAGGACGAGUCAUAACUCACAGCCAGGAGCCCAGAGAGCUCCCUAUGUCCCCAGUCUCCACCUCCAGGGCCACGCCCACUUCUCAUCAUAGGCGGUGGUCAGCUGACCUCAGUAAGAGUGGGAGCCCACAUGUCAUUACUGUGAGGAAGAACAAGAAGGAACCACAGCCUCCUCAGCGAAGAGCAUCUCUUUCUGCAGCGUCUGAUUCCUUAUCCAGGCGCUACUCCUCCUCACCAUCAUCUUCCUCCUCCUCCUCUUCCACCACCUCCUCCUGCUCCUCUCCUCCUCCUAUACAGACCUCCGCCAUCACCGGCCAUGACCCUCUAGGGUGGAGGUUGCGUCCAAAGUCGAGCUUCACCGCCACCCAGGCUCGCUCCAAGAGGCUGUCUCUGCAGAUCCCCCUCCCUGUCGUCGUCACAGACUGCAAGUCCAGUCCUGUUCCUAACUCUACACCAGAUAACUCCCUGAUGCAAGACCGCCCCCCGAAAAUUAAACCCCCUCUCGGAGCCAAACCAUCACGUCGGCGCCACUCGGACUCCUCAGCCUUCCUCAGAUCUCCGGCGAGGCCUCUGCCCCUGGUGACACUUGAGGUACUCUGUAGCGUGCGUCUACGCCGGGUCACCCAUUCAGACGAGUCCGACGAUGUCUUCAGUGGUGUGAGUGAGGUGGCGUCGCCGGUGACCCCCCAGCGAAAAAUACCACCACCGGUUCCAGAAAAAACCCUCACGGCCAGACGGAUGGCGCAGCUGAUUGCUCAUUCGGUGCAUCGCUGUGCACCUGUUUCCACCAAUACUAUAGAAGAAGACAUUAACAGCAGAGUGAAGCCUAAAUCUAAACAAGCACAUCAGACUGUGAAAUCUGCAGGACUGCAUCUGGACACCAGCUCCUCUCGACGCUUCCCCGGCAGAGAAAUCUGAACCUCCAGCCUUCAUCCCCAAACCUCCAACACUGUUCACUAUCAAGCUGUUGUAAAAUAAUUCACAGAUGCUGCAUGUACAUUUGAGGUACAUCUUGUUUUUUUAAGUGCUGAGAUGUGUGCAAGUAUGUUGCAAAAAGUCAUUUCAAGUGUUUUGUACAGUAUUGUGUUUCUUCUGAUGUAAAUAUCUGCUGACUCAUCUCCCUCAAGCAAUAAUGACGUAGUUCCUACUGUCAUUCACAUAUACAGCUAUUUUCAGACAUGAACUCAAGAGGAUGUUCUGUAGAAUUGGGUCUGGAUUUUCUCCAGGGUUUGCUUUUCACACAUAAACAACGGAGCAGGAGAUUCUGUGCUCAGAAGCAUUCACAACAACACAAAUCUCCAGAUUGUUCAGGUGAGGUGCAAGAUUGGUUACAUGUGUACAUGACGGAAGUAAAAUUAACCUGUAAAAUAAUAAACGCUCUUAAGAACUUAAAGUUUUCAGAAUUUGAGUCUCUGCACCAUCGACUGUACACAACGUCUGGCACAAAAACAAUAAAACCUGAUAGAGCUUUGCACUGCACAAGUUAAUUCCAGCCUCAUUGGAUAUUAAUGGAAA